UUCCAUUUUUGUUCUUCUUUUACUUAUACUACUCUUGCUUCCAUUUUUAUUUAUUCUUAUUUAUUUCAUUAUUAAUCAUUAAACUGAAAUUUUUCUUUAUUCUCUUACCGUCCGAUGAUCUGACUUUUCUUGUGACUAAAGAAUAAUCCGACGAUGGGCCAUUGCUGCAGCAAAAACGUACCCGCGGUCAGAAACGACGAAACUUCCCCCACUACAGCCACCGCCGCUACCGGAAACCACUUCACACCGUCGUCAACAGCUUACACACCGCCUUCAUCCAAUGAUUUUAACUCGUUCGCCGCCAGUCCGUUCCAGAGUCCACUUCCAGCUGGAGUCCGGCCGUCUCCUUCUCCUGCGCGUACUCCAGGGAGGAAAUUUAAGUGGCCGUUGCCGCCUCCGUCUCCGGCUAAACCGAUCAUGGCGAUCAUGAGGCGGAGAGGACAAGGUAAGUCGCAUAAGGAGGUUCCGAUACCGGAGGACGGAGAAGGAGCUGCAGCGGCGGCGGCUGCGGCGGAAGGGGAGCUUGAUAAGAGCUUUGGAUAUGCUAAGAAUUUUCCGGUGAGAUUUGAGUUAGGUAAGGAGGUUGGGCGAGGGCAUUUUGGUCAUACUUGUUGGGCUAAGGGUAAAAAAGGAGAGCUUAGAGGACAGAAUGUAGCUGUUAAGAUCAUUUCUAAAGCCAAGAUGACAACAGCAAUAUCCAUCGAAGAUGUUCGUCGGGAAGUAAAAUUAAUGAAAGCCUUAUCGGGACAUAAGCAUAUGAUCAAAUUUCAUGAUGCUUUUGAGGAUGCCAAUAACGUCUACAUUGUAAUGGAAUUAUGUGAAGGUGGAGAACUACUAGACAGAAUUUUAUCGAGAGGUGGAAGAUAUACCGAGGAAGAUGCUAAAACUAUCAUUUUGCAAAUCCUGAGUGUAGUGGCCUUUUGUCAUCUCCAAGGCGUUGUGCACCGUGAUCUUAAGCCAGAGAAUUUUCUUUUUACAACAAGAGAUGAGGAUGCUCCACUGAAGAUUAUUGAUUUUGGUUUGUCAGAUUAUAUUAGACCAGAUCAACGUCUCAAUGAUAUUGUUGGUAGUGCAUAUUAUGUUGCACCUGAAGUACUACAUAGAUCAUACAGUGUCGAAGCUGACAUGUGGAGUAUCGGUGUCAUAGCAUACAUAUUGUUAUGUGGAAGUAGACCUUUCUGGGCUAGGACUGAAUCAGGAAUUUUUCGAUCUGUGUUAAGAGCUGAUCCUAAUCUUGAUGACUCACCUUGGCCUGCGGUAUCUCGGGAAGCCAAAGAUUUCGUGAAAAGGCUUUUGAACAAGGACCAUAGGAAAAGAAUGUCAGCUGCCCAAGCUCUAACUCAUCCAUGGUUACGAGAUGAAAACCGGCCUGUGCCUUUGGAUAUUUUUAUCUACAAGUUGGUAAAGUCAUAUGUCCGAACUACACCAUUCAAACGCGCAGCACUCCAGGCUCUUUCUAAAGCUAUCCCAGAAGAUGAGCUUUUUUACCUUAAGGCUCAGUUUAAGCUGUUGGAACCAAAAGAUGGAGCUCUGUCCCUUAGUAACUUUAAAGCGGCAUUAAUGAGCAAUGUUACUGAUGCCAUGAAGGAUUCCAGAGUUCUUGACAUUUUUAAUAUGAUGGAACCACUUUCUUAUAAAAAGAUGUGGUUCGAGGAGUUCUGUGCGGCUGCAAUCAGUGUACAUCAGCUUGAGACUCUCGACGAUUGGGAGGAUAUUGCGAAGAAGGCUUUCGAGUACUUUGAACGAGAUGGAAACAGAGUUAUUUCUGUUCAGGAACUGGCUACGGAAAUGAAUUUGGGCCCUACAGCACAUUCUAUAGUCAAUGACUGGAUAAGAAUUACCGACGGGAAACUGAGCUUUCUCGGCUACACCAAAUUUCUUCACGGUGUAACAAUUCGUAACACAAGACCUCGAUAGCAUAGCCGGAGAUCGAGAUUGUUUGACAAUUUUUUUGAUUCUUAAUAUUCUGAUUCUUGCCAAGCAGUGUAGAAUAAUUACAUUGUCAAGAGUUUGAUAUUCUAUACCCAUAUUUAUAAUUAUGACCUUUCAUUUUUGGUGUCAAAAUGUCUGCAAAUUCUUUAGGCACAUUUUGAGACCUUUGUAAAGAUGAAUCUGAAUGCAGUACAUGUUCAAAUAUUUAAUACAAAGUGAGCUUCUUAUCUUAUUUUAUUACAAA